GACGCCCUUUUCGCCUAUUUGCCGCCUCUCGGUGUCGGUUGUAUGUCGUUUUCCGGCCGUCUCCGGCCGUAAUGAUUGAUCCCAAACCUGAACACGGGGGCACCGAGAGAGAGCCCCAUGAAAGACGCCGGGGCCGACGUCCGUCUGACUUGCCGUCACUAGGUAUUCCAUACCUUUCAAUGUUGGUGUAUCUGGAGGCGGGCUGUGCGGCUUGCUGCGUAGUGAUAGUCGUGAAUGUGAUCUUGCGCGGUGAGCGCUGUCGGACCCAUUCCAGCUCGUGCUCCACAUCAGUAAUCUGGAGACCCCAAUCAGCCACUGCAUCAGCCAGGAGAGAACGUAUGUCAUCGACAGGGAAGCACCCCUCUCUCUGUCAGCUCGCUGACCUUGAGGCCGUUGCUUUAGCAGGAGGUUUCCCCAUCUCUCCGUCCAUUCGCGUGAGCUCGCCGCCUCCUUCUUGCAGACCGUAGUCCAGAAGGCGUUUCGAUGCACCUCAUUCACCGGGUUGCGCGGCGUCUCCAUUCGGGGAGGAGCAGAGGGAAAAG